AUGGAGUUAAAGGAAAUCAAUUUCCUAGAGAAAUCCGAAGAUUGGCCGUCUCAGGAAGUAGUCAAGACUAUCUAUAAAGCUUCAUCGGAAACAUAUGCUUUAGACGCCGCCGUCCAUGAUGCUGAUCUCUUUGAUGUUCAGGAGUGA